CACUUUUCAGACACUGCUAAUCUGUACGUGAGUGGCAUGGCAUCAAAUCACAGCACUUCGCCCCAAGAUGACCAUCUUCCUCAUUACCUCCAGGAUGAAGACCCCUUUGCAUCAAAACUCUCUACGGAAGCUGACAUAGUAGCUGGAUUUUAUUUAACAGUAAUUGGGGUUCUUUCAACUUUUGGGAAUGGCUAUGUUCUUUUUAUGUCCCUGAAACGGAAAAAGAAGCUCAGACCCGCGGAGAUAAUGACUGUCAAUUUAGCCGUGUGUGACUUGGGGAUUUCAGUUGUAGGAAAACCAUUUAGUAUAAUUUCCUUCUUCUCUCACCGAUGGGUGUUUGGCUGGCUGGGCUGCCGUUGGUAUGGAUGGGCUGGCUUCUUCUUUGGCUGUGGGAGCCUUAUCACCAUGACAGCUGUCAGCCUGGAUAGAUACCUGAAAAUUUGUCAUUUAACUUACGGUACCUGGCUUAAGAGACAUCAUGCCUUUAUCUGCCUGGCAAUAAUCUGGGCCUACGCUACGUUCUGGGCUACUGUGCCAUUUGCUGGUUUGGGGAACUAUGCUCCCGAGCCAUUUGGAACCUCGUGCACUCUGGAUUGGUGGCUGGCUCAGACUUCAGUGGCUGGACAGGCAUUUAUUCUGAAUAUUCUCUUCUUCUGCCUCUUGCUCCCAACUGCAGUGAUUGUGUUUUCCUAUGUUAAAAUCAUUGCAAAAGUCAAGUCGUCCGCCAAAGAAGUUGCUCAUUAUGACACCAGGAUUCAAAACAAUCAUGUCCUGGAAAUUAAAUUGACCAAGGUGGCAAUGUUGAUCUGUGCAGGAUUUCUAAUUGCCUGGAUCCCAUAUGCCGUGGUAUCAGUGUGGUCAGCUUUUGGACAGCCAGACUCAGUGCCCAUUCAAGUUUCAGUCAUCCCAACCUUGCUUGCAAAAUCGGCAGCUAUGUACAACCCAAUUAUUUACCAGGUCAUUGAUUGUAAAUUUUCCUGUUGCCGCUCAUUGCAGAAGAAGAGCUCUUUGAAGAAAUCCAGGCUGUAUACGAUAUCUGGAAAUAAAGAGCCAACAGCAAUGAACGAAACCCACCUGGAGGUGUGA